AUGCAGGAGUCCUUCGAUGACGCCCUCGAAUCGACCGAAACCCAAGAAACCCCCGACACCGUCCCCCAGUCUACAUCCACCCGCUCAUUAACGGAUAGCCCGCCUGUCGGGUCUGGCAAGGCCCCGGAAGCUACGGACAAGCCCGCCACUUCUGACUCGCAGGACGAGAAGGAAGACACGGACAAGGGCGAGAAGGGCGACCAGGACAAAAAGGAUGAGAAGGAUGAGCAAGAAGUGAAGGACGCAAAGGCGGACGAAAAGAAGGACGAAAAGAAGGACGAAAAGAAGGACGAAGAGAAGGAAGAAAAACAAGAAGAAAAGAAGGAGGAAGAAGAAGAAGAAGAAGAGAAGCCGCAGAAAGAGCAGGACAAGGAGGACAAGGAGAACGGAACAGACCAGACAACCACAGAGCAGGCCACCGGGCCGGAAGAAGGAAAAUAUGAAGACAAGGCUGAGACAAAGGUUGAUCCAGUAGAUGAAGAGAAGACCGAGUCAAAGGACACCAAAAAGGACGAAGAGGCCGAGACAAAAGACGAUGGAAAGGAGGAAGAGAAGGCCGAGAAGAACGACGAAGAGGACGUCAAGAAGGCUGACACCGACAAAGUGAAGCCGGAGAAGGUGGAUGAGCCGAAGAAUGGUGACAAGUCUGACCAGGAGCCCGAGGCUGAGACCAAGGACGCUGGAGAAACCGAGGAGACUCCCGACCCCAACCCUGUGCACAAGUCGCCCCUCCUUACAUCCCACCGGCUAUCAACCUCCUCCUCGCUCGACGAGGUAAACUUGACAAACAGCAAGGAGGAGGAGCCAGCAGAACCCAAGGAUUCAGCCCCGGAGGUCAAAACGGAAGUGCCUCCAGUGCCCCCGAAGGAUGACGUGGCAUCUCCAAGCUCUGGCUUUCGGGUAUUGUCUGGCAGUCUACCGUCUCUGUCGUGGGGGACCUCUCAGGCGAACAAGACCCCAGCUCCCGCUGCACCGCCGGCUCGGAAAACCGGGGGCCCCUUCGGAUGGUUCUCCCGAAGCUCAACAUCGAGCAAGGAGAUCAAAUCGCCACCCCAGUCUGCCUUCAGCCGCCGCAACACCGCUACAUCCGUGUCCACCGUCGCAAGUAACCUUGAUUUGGUUGCCCGAUCUCACGACGGUGACGACUUGGAUGCCUCAAGCAUCAGCUCCAAAAAGCCGCGCCGCAACAGCCUGAAGGAUCAGUUUAAAUUGCUGCGGAUGCGCGAGGAGGGCGUGUUGCCGGAGAAUGAUGAGGCGAGUACGCGCUCACGUCGGGCCAGCGUCAGCCAGGCUGCAGCCAGCCCCUCGAUCAUCCCGGAGGAAACGGAGGAUGGCAUCCUGGCGGCGCCAGCAGCACCGGCAUCUGGAGCAACCUCGCCCGGGGGCGCACCCUCGACCGUAAACCCCAACCUAGCCCCUGGGACCGUGUCUGGGUUCUCGGCUUCGGCGACUGAUGCGUCCGCUCCUGUGGAUUGGGACCUGUGGCAGCAGCUGGUGAACAAUGGACCCCAGGCGCUGGCCAAAUCGGAGGAGCUCAACGCCGCCAUCAAGCGAGGAAUUCCCCAGACCAUCCGAGGAGUUAUCUGGCAGAUUCUGGCAGAUUGUCGGACCGAAGAGAUGGAAGAGACGUAUCGGGACCUGGUGGCGCGUGGAACGGUCUCAGAGAAGGGUCGUCAGACACCAAACAGUCAAAUCAACGGGAUUGCCGAGAAGGAAUCCACAUCGUCUUCUCGCUCCUCGAUCCGCUCCGACCACUCGGGAUCCGGGACGCAGUCUACAAGUGUUGCCCCUAGCCCCUCCCAAGAGACGGACCCCGAGAAGUUGGCCAAGGAACAGGCCGCCGGUGAAGCCGAUCGUGUGAAGAAGGCAAAGAAUGAUGCUACUGCCCUGCAGAAGCUGGAGAAAACCAUCCGACGGGAUCUGGGUGCGCGGACGAGCUAUUCGAAAUAUUUUGUUUCGCAAGGAAACCAGGAGAGUCUGUUCGGUUUGUGCAAGGCAUACGCUCUGUACGAUGAGGGUGUGGGCUAUGCGCAGGGCAUGAACUUCAUCGUUAUGCCCUUGCUGUUCAACAUGGAUGAACUUGAGGCUUUCACCCUGCUUGUUAAACUGAUGAACAAGUACGGGCUGCGAGAGAUGUUCGUCCACGAUAUGCCUGGGCUUCACCGUAGCCUUUAUCAGUUUGAACGACUCCUUGAAGAUCUGCACCCUGCCCUUUACUGCCAUCUCCGACGCCGCGGGGUUCCUCCGCAGCUGUACGCGACCCAAUGGUUCUUGACACUGUUCGCCUACCGAUUCCCGUUGCAGCUGGUGCUUCGCAUCUACGACCUGAUCUUCGAAGAAGGGCUGGAGAGCACGAUUCUGAAGUUCGCUAUUGCGAUCAUGAGCCGCAGUGCCGACACUCUUCUCAGCAUGAAGGACAUGAGCCCGCUCACAACUUUUUUGAAGGAGCGUCUCUUUGACGCUUACAUCGAUAAGCAGCCGUCGGCCUCGUCGAUCCUGGAGUCGGGCUUCUUCGGCAGCUCCGGCGCUGCCGACAAGGAAGUCUACCGGGCCGACCUUCUUGUGCAAGACGCAUGUGCCGUCCCUCUGACCCAAGACAUGAUCCGUACGUACACUGCCGAGUGGGAGGAGAAGGUCCAAGCAGAGAAGGAGCGGGAGGCCGAACUGGAAAACCUCCGGAACACGGUCAAUACGCAGGGUUCGAAGGUGCGUCGCCUGGAGGAACGUGCCGAGGCGUCCGAUAAGGAGCACGUGCAGCUGGCAUCGGAGCUGGUGCACUUGAAGGUGGAGAACGAGGAACUGCGUGACAUGAACGACGCCUUGAAGCUCCAGGUCGGCGAGCUCAAAAAUGUGGUCGACAAGCAGCCCAACGAGGUGGAGGACAAGCUCCGCACGGAAAUGGACCGGAUCAUGACUCGAAACAUCGAGGUGCAGAAUGAGAACCGCGCCAUGGAGGAUGCCAUGUCCGAAAUGGAGAAGGAGCUGGUGGGCACGAAGAUGAAGUGGGCCGAGCUCUCCGAAAACCACGAGAACCUCCGCCAGAAAUGGAGCGACCUCCGCCGGGCUCUUGACUGA